CUUUGAGUAAGCAGCAAAAAUAUUGACACUGGAACACCAAAAUUUGUAAGAAGACGAUGAAAUGACCUUAACAGGACCCAUAAUAAAGAAGCACACACUUCAGCCUCAAAGACACCGGAAAUCAAACAUAUCCAGCCACUAUGUUUACAAAAAAGUUCUUUUUGAAUGUAAUGAAACUACAGGCACGACCGUCACUUUCAAAGAGAACGAAUAAGAAAAUCUUAGACUUAUUUCUGGAUUACCUCAUUAACCAUUGUUUUCUGCAUUGAGUGAAUAAAAUAAACAUGCAUUAUAUUCUAUCGUAAUCAAGACCCAUCCCCUAUGAUCCAGACACUUGUGCAAGUCUGAAGGCCAUAGAAUUCCAAGCCAGAUUUUGAAGAUUUGCGCUACCUUCCGGAUGGAGAGUCCCCUAGUUGUGGGAGUCCACGGCCCUUUAAAUCAUGCUUGGUUAUCAGAAAAUGAACUGGGGAUUUAUAGAAGAAUAACUGCUUCGAAUGAAUCCACUCGCAAUGAGAUACUCAUUGAAAAUGUUAAGUGGGGCACGUCAAUAUACAACGAUGAGUUUAUGAGACGCCUUGCUAAAAGUUCCUUUGAGGUGUUUUCAGCACUUCAAAAAUGUUCAGAGCAGAACUCAUUUAUCACCCACAGCAUUCAAUACAGAGCUGCCUUAGCUGUGUGUUCAAAUGAAAUUUUCACAUUUCUAAAACUUUCAGCAGGUUCGGAUGAGGCAAGGGCAGCUCAUCUAAUUGCCCAAGGUAAUCUGAUCCAGACAUUAGAGCUCUUGUGGCAUCUUGCGGAACUGAUUUUUAUCCAAGUAUCUCCACCUGGAUAUUUAGCAUUCAAUCUCUGUAGUUGGUUUUACGUGCAGUUCCAGGAAGCGGCUAAUCGCGCUCGAGAGAUUUUGGACAGUGCAAACAGAGAGCAAUCCGGUCAUAUUUUAUUGCAUGAUAAACUGAAUAAUCUUAAAUCAUGGGAAACCAACAAGGACUUUUGGCCAACAGUUUUAAGCUUGGUUUUACAAGCUAGGUGUCAAGAAGCAGCAAGUUUGCUUGUCCUGCAUUCUAAUUCUAACGGUCGUGGUCUCCGAAGUCUACGUCAACUUCUAGCUUCUAUGCCAGUUGCUUCUCAUGCUGAAAAAGAGGGUAUGUGGACUGAGUAUGGUGCUCAGUUUUCACAGGCGUGGAAUUAUUGGCAAUCAGAGUGUGAACAUCGACUGUCUUCGGGAGAAUUCGACCAUGUUGGUGGUGAUCCAGCAUCAGUUGACUUCAUAAAAUUAAUUGUAAAUAUCUUAUCGGGGCGUACGUCUAUUUGGGAUGACCCGCGAAUUCUGGACGUAACUAGAGGUUCACGUGGAUGGUUUUUUCGUUUUGUAUCAUUUGUUUUCUACACUGACCAGUUGGUAAAUAUUGAUGGUUUAAGCAGUGAUCUUGAUCGAUGGCUUGCUUUAACGAAGAAAGGUAAUAUGGAACCUGGCUCUAACUUUGAUCAGUCCGUCGAUGCUUUAAUCACAAGCAUUUUUCACGUGGAUCUAUUUUCAUUUGUUCGUAUAGCAAGUGAAAAAUUAAGUAAUUGGUGGUUUAUUGCACAUUUUACGAAUCUUUUAAAUCACAUAUAUCCUGGUGUACUUAAUGAUCUUCAGCUUACACAUAAACAAGACGAGUUAUCUUUAGAAUCUUGUCCAAAAACAGUAAAUUAUAAAUCUAAUGCUAAGUUUAAUGAAUCAUUGUAUCAACCUGUAGACAGCUCUUCAUUGGUUGAAUUUUUUCUUCUUGGUUAUGUCGAAUCAUUGGCUUCUGAAACAAGUCUUUUAUCUAUUGCACUUGGAUAUUUGGAUCACUGUAAAUCUGGGCGUACUCGUCAAUCUACCUUAUUAUUGAGACAUGCUGUGCCAGUUUCAACUAGAGCUACAAACUGGUUUAUUAGUCAAGCCAAAGUUAGAGGAUUAUAUUCAACUGCUGAAGAAUUAGCCAAAUUAAAUUGUCGUAGAUUUACAUGUUUAUCAUUGCAAUCACAAGAAGGUUCUAUAAUUAAUUCAUCAAAUUAUUCUCCAAUAUGUAUCUCUAUAGGUUGGGCUUUAAUGGCACGUGAUUAUUCUAUGAUUAAUCGAUUAGCUGAACUCUCUCUUGCUAGAGAUAAUGGAUUUAUGCAUAAGGACACUUUAAAUGAAACAAUAAUUUCGCAUGCUUCUACAGAAGUUGCAGAAUUGGCUGCUAUAAUAUUAGGUUUUUGUCGAGGAUCAUCAUUUGACGAACCGUCUAAUAAUAAUAAAGUUAAUGAAGUGAAUCAUCUUCAAUUAUCACCUGAAUUAGCUUUUUUAAUUCGUUAUGCUGAACUUCAACAAAGUUUUAAUGAUGGUGAUUGUGAAGGCGCAGUUGAUCGAAUUAUUGAUUUACUAGUUACUAGUCCUGGGAACUCACUUAUUACCACCAAUUCAACUGGACAAGAUUGUACAAAUUCUUCGACUACAGGUUUUGGUUUACGUAUACCAACUCGUCUUAAAAUAAGACUUCUUGCUGAAGUAAGACACUUAUUGGGUCGAAAUUGUCUACGUCGAGAUCAAGUUGAAGUGCUUAUCACUGCUUUGAUUGAAUUAAGAGCAGAUUUGGAUUUAAACCCUAAUAACAUGUCCACAAAUAGUGAUAUACAUUCAUUACUAACAAAAAUUCAUAUGUCUCUUGCUAAAGAGCUAGCAUCGACAUUCUUUGCUACCUCUAAUACCAUUCCUAUAUCUCUGUCUUUAUCACCCAAUAGUAUGGUUGAUACAAAUUGGCAUUAAGCCUGUUUCCUUAUUUACCAUGUUGUGUAAACUUUUUAAGCAGUAAAUUUUGUUGAAAUAUGGUGCAUUUAUGGUCCCAUGUUUUGUGUAUAUGUUUUUGUUGCUAUUUUGUAUGGAAAGUUUUGAAUUUUAUAUUUUCUGUCCUAUCUACACUUUAAGAACAAACAUCUGAUUUUUUCCGUUUUAUUAGUUCAUCAUGAUAAUUUGUCUGGUGUUGCUGUAUGAGGUGAUUGAGUUCGUAUACUCACCUUCAUGAUCUCUUUGCCAUUCAUAGGGAUCGAAUCCAUUUAAGCUUGAAUAAGUAAUUUUUGAUAACUCUCACGGAAUAAAGAGUAUUGUCUACAGCCUCGUACGUUGACAGGUACAUGAAGUUUGUUCAUUGUUAUCCUAUAUUUAUGUAUAUAUUAAAAAGAACAAACAAAAUUGUGCUAUUCCAUUUCAAUUGUUCCUGAGUUGAUAGUAAAUAUGGAUGGGUCGUAUCGCUCUUUAUUCAUUUUCAUCUAAUUUCCACUAACCGUUUCCUUUUGUUCCAGAGGAUCUGAGGUUAUAGCAACUAUACUAUGAAGCGAAAGACACUAAGUUUGAAUCUCCGUGUGAACAUCAACACGGAUGCAGGUUCGUUCAUCAGGCAAGUCCCAAAUAGGACAAAACAUGGGUCCCGGGCCCCAUUGCUAGUCACCAUCUAACU